GGCGAGGAGUGUGGCGGCUUAUUUGUAAAUGCAGCCGCGACUCCGGAGUGGGCUCGAGAUACUGAGCGGCUGGGACGCUGCAGAGCGGUGUUGGAAAUCGAUAGCUCUUCUAGCUUGUACUUUAUUUAAAUAUAAUAGUAUCAUUGGACUAAAAUGUUCCUGAUGCCAGCCUCUUCCGAGUUAAACAGUGGGCAGAACUUCUUAGCCCAGUGGAUGGCCAAUCCUUCCCGGGCUGGGGUCAUAUUAAAUCGUGAAUUUCCUAUAUUGGAAGCAGAUGAAGAAAAGCGAGCAGCUGCGGACGUUUCUGCCAGCUUUCCUAUUAAAGCCACACGUUUUUCUAGUAGCUUCAGCUUUAUAAGUGAAGAAGAUUCACUUCCUGAAGAACAGAGGUUGGAGUCUAACAGCCCUUACAAACUACAGUCAGAUAAAUCUGAAACCCAUACAGUCUUUCCAUUAAUUAGAAAGGGACCACAAAUAGCAGCACGUCAGGAUGCUCCUGGACACCAGGAAGAUGAUAAGCUUAACGUUAUCCUGGAUCCUGCAGAUGAAUUCAAAGUGGCUUACAAAGACCCACUUUUUAAAAAACUUGAACAGCUGAAGGAAGUACAGCAGAAGAAGCAGGAACAACUGAAGAGGCAACAGUUAGAGCAACUGCAAAGACUCAUGGAAGAGCAAGAGAAACUGCUUACCAUGGUGUCUGGACAGCACACACUUCCAGGUUUGACUUUCCUGCCUGAUGAUCAGAAGCAGGCAUCUCCAGCAAGUUCGGGGACAGGAGAGCGAGCCACGCCCUUCUCACCACCGUCUGUCUUCCCGAAUCAAACCCAAGAGAAAACACACUCUUCCAGUAUUUUAUCCGAUGAACAAAACAAUUUCUGUAGAACUACUCAGCAAGAUUUUGUCUUAACUUCAAAAAGCGCACAGUAUCAAGAAGCACUUGUGAAAAAAAAUGAUUUGAAGGAAGAAAACCAUAACCAUCCUUCAGGAGAAGGUAUUUUAUCAUGUUGGGAGAAAAUGACGGAACAAAUUCAGGAAGGAAAUGAUAUGAACUUAAAAAAAGUUGGUGAUUCCUCAGAAGUGGUUAAUAUCGAAGAAAGGCCCAUUAAAGCUGCUAUCAGAGAACAGAAACAGACAUUUGAAGACUACUUAGAAGAACAAAUUCGGUUGGAAGAACAAGAACUGAAACAAAAACAGCUAAGGGAUGCAGAAGGACCAUUGCUAAUCAAAGUAAAACCAAAACAACCAUUCUUGAAACGAGGAGAAGGUUUAGCUAGAUUUACUAAUGCGAAAUCUAAGUUUCAAAAAGGAAAAGAAAGCAAACUAGUGACUAACCAGAGCACUUCAGAGGACCAACCUCUGUUUAAAAUAGACAGACAACAACUCCAGCGGAAAACUGCUCUUAUAAAUAAAGAACUGUGUGCAGAGCACCCUACUGUUCAAAAGGACAAUAAAUCUAGAACCAAGAGUAGUCCUGUCACCCUCAGUCAGAAGCCAAAAGUGCUUAAGAGCAAUAAUAGGAAAAAUUUUUCUCCGUCAGCAGUGAAAAUACAGACCUCGAAGAAAUUUGAUGGGCAGUUUAGAGACCAGAUCAAAUUAGAAAAAAAAGUUGAAUCUAAUGAUAAAGAAAAUGUACCCGAGUAUAUAAAACCUUGUGAUACUGGUUGCAAAGUGUGGAAUAAGACACAAAGUAAAGACAGGCUUCCUCUUUCAACAGGGGCUGUCAGCUGUGUGUCUUCUAAGAGCUCGAGAAGUGAGACCAUGAAAGAGGUGGAAUCUUCUCUUGACGUUUCUCUUCAGAAAAAGUUAGAGAAGUGGGAACGAGAAAAAGAAAAGGAAAAUUUGGAAUUAGAUGAAUUUUUGUUUUUAGAAAAAGCUGCUGAUGAAAUAUCAUUUUCUAGUAAUUCCUCAUUUGUGCUGAAAAUCUUAGAAAGGGACCAGCAGAUCUGCAGAGGUCACCGAAUGUCUUCCACCCCUGUCAAAGCUGUGCAGCAGGAGAAGACAAAUCUGGCAGAUCCCAUAAUUCAGUGUAACCGCAGUGAGGAGCUGGCGCAUACUGCACGUGAGAGUAAGCGUGAGUGUGAGGUCACCCCCAAACAGGUUGGCUCAGUGUCCUUACCUGACACAUUGAGGGAGCAGUCUUGUGAAAUCAAUAGGAAAGCCUUCCAAAAGAGUACUUCUGAAAAUCAGACUCGGUGGAAUGCAAGCGAUGAUGAAGGUGUUACAAACAGUGACAGUAGCACCGACUCUGAGGAGCAGCUUGAUGUUACCAUAAAACCAUUGACUGAGGAUAGAGAAAGGGGUUUCAGCAGCAGAGAGGAUAGUCCACAAGUCUGCAAUGGCAGGGGGCCUUUUAGGGACACCAGGACUCAAGAAGAUAAAAGAAGAGAUGUUGAUCUGGAUUUGUCUGAUAAAGAUUAUAGUAGUGAUGAGUCUGUCAUAACAGAAAGCAUAAAACAUAAAGUGUCUGAGUCCUCAAGAAGAUCCUCAUCUCUAAGUAUGAGUAAAAUCGACUUUGAAGAUGAAAGAACUUGGACUGACCUUGAAGAGAAUUCAUGUCAACAUGAUGUUAUUAAGGAUGAAGGCAUUUGUGGAAUGCCCGAGACACACUACCGUAAUAAGAGUGAAAUAUGUGUCCUGGACAGAACAGUAAAACGGAAAGUUGCACCAGUCAAGAAGGGAGAAGACUUGAACAAGUCCAGGAGGAGCAGAAGUCCUCCUCCUCCAUCUGAGUUGAUGAUGAAAUUCUUCCCUUCCUUGAAACCGAAACCAAAGUCAGAUUCACACUUGGGAAGUGAACCCAAAUUAAACAUAAGUCAGGACCAACCACCUGGUGACAGUGCUCGAUCCCAGGUUUUGAGAGAGAAAGUUACUGAGUUGGAAACAGAAAUAGAAAAAUUUAAAGCUGAGAAUACAUCUUUAGCUAAACUUCGUAUUGAACGAGAAAGUGCCUUGGAAAAGCUCAGGAAAGAAAUUGCAGACUUUGAACAACAGAAAGCAAAAGAAUUGGCUCGAAUAGAAGAGUUUAAAAAGGAGGAAAUGAAGAAGCUACAAAAGGAACGUAAAGUGUUUGAAAAGUAUACUACAGCUGCAAGAACUUUUCCAGAUAAAAAGGAGCGUGAAGAAAUACAGGCUUUAAAACAGCAAAUAGCAGAUUUACGGGAAGAUUUAAAAAGAAAGGAAGCGAAAUGGUCCAGUACCCACGGCCGCCUCAGAAGCCAGAUAGAAAUGUUGGUGAGGGAGAACGCAGACCUGCGGGAGGAGAUGAAGGUGACGCAGCGGGUCCGCCUGGACGCCUGGAGGACCGCGGCGGCCCCGGAGCGCGGCCCCAGGGCGGGUCCCCGAGGGGCCGGGCCGAGAGGCGGGUCGGCGGUAGGUGGCCGGAACCCAUCUGUUCGAUCUCAAAAGAGUCAAAUUUCUUCAGGAACCCAGCGAGAAAAAUGCAAGAAAAAUUAUUUGCCAACACAAGGCAAUCCACCUCAGAGAUCUAAUUCUGCACGUCCUCGUGAUUUUGGCCAUUCGGAUAAGGGACAGGCCACCUCACCUGGGGAGCCCCUGGAACCAGGGAACUUACCAGAUCCUGAUCCUGAAUGUAAACAGGAGGAAGAAAAAGAAGAAAUACAGGGGGAAAUCAGUCAUCCUGACGGAAAGGUGGAAAAGGUUUAUAAGAACGGGUGUCGUGUUAUCCUGUUUCCCAAUGGAACUCGGAAGGAAGUGAGUGCAGAUGGGAAGACUGUCACAGUCACGUUCUUUAACGGUGACGUCAAGCAGGUCAUGCCGGAUGAGAGAGUGAUCUACUACUAUGCAGCCGCACAGACCACUCACACCACCUACCCAGAAGGACUAGAAGUUCUACAUUUCUCAAGUGGACAAAUAGAAAAACAUUUCCCAGAUGGAAGGAAAGAAAUCACGUUUCCUGACCAGACUGUUAAAAACCUAUUUAUUGAUGGACAAGAAGAAAGCAUUUUCCCAGAUGGUACAAUUGUCAGAGUGCAACGUGACGGCACCAAAAUCAUAGAGUUUAAUAAUGGCCAAAGAGAACUCCAUACUGCCCAGUUCAAGAGGCGGGAGUAUCCAGAUGGCACUGUUAAAACUGUAUAUGCAAAUGGCCAUCAAGAAACCAAGUACACAUCCGGGCGAGUAAGAGUUAAGGACAAGGACGGUAACAUUCUAAUGGACACAGAAUUGUAACGACCCUUGUGUGACUAAUCGUGAAGUAACACUAACUGAUUUUCUUGUUAAAAAAUGUACAUUUCUGGCGGAUUCUGUUUAAUUUAUGGAGUGUGUGUGUACAAGGGGAAGAGACUGUACGGAUUCUAAAAUAAAAGUUUGCCCUGUAGCA